CACUCUUUGUAAAACAUAUCCUACGUCAUUACGUCGUGUUUGAACGUGGCGGCGCGGUACCAAGCAGCAGCUCAGCCCACCUACAGUUUUCAUUUAGCUCGCUGGUUAGCAGCGUUUCGUAGUUAAGUUAGAAAUAUGGGAGCCAAACUACAACAAAUAUUUAUACGCAGUGAUUGAAUGGCAUCCAAUGUCUCAGUAAGUUUGGUGUGCGAACUGAUUAAAUACAGCUUUCAUCGCGAUAUCUCAUGACUGCGAUGACCUGCAGAUUAACGGGCCUGUUCAGCAUUGGUGAGGACUUUGAUGAUGAGGACCUGCUCGGGACAGACUGGGCUGUCCGCUCAGCGUCUGGACCAGCCGAUGUGGCAGCUGCUGUGUCAUCCUGCACGCUGCGGGCUUCCUCUCUUGCUCACAGAGAGCCGGAGAAAAACUGCCUUCAGCAAACUGGAGAGAGAUCGGCCGCCGGGACGCACACUACUGCUGGACAAACUGUUGCUCUGGGUUUGAGACAGCCCUCCUCCUGCGCUCAGCCCCGCCCUCCCACACUGAAUAACUCUCAGCCUCAUUUGGCAUCACAACAGAGUCACUGCAACACCGAGGGGAAGCCCAGCGUGGCUCAGGAUGAUUUUGAUGAUUGGGAUGUUGACCUGGCAGACCUGGAUGAGUUUGACGGCCAUAUGGGGCAGCCUCGUGCUCCAACCCCACCUGCGCCCGCGGUCAAUCCUGCAUUUUCUGCCAAAACGCUGCGCCCCCCAACCUGUGGAGCAAGUCAGACACAACCUAAUCGGACCCUGAGAGACUUUAGCACUGCACGCCAGGCUUCUGGCUCAUCUAUUCAUGACCUACCUCCUCGGAGCUCCUCCACUCCUGUUCUGCGAUCCCUGAAUCCCCGUCCUGCUUGCCUGCCAGCCCCUCCACAGAGUCCUCGUGUUUUUGCUGGCCUUACUGCGCCUUCUCCUGCCCCCAGCCCCAUUUCCAGGACACUAAACAGGCCUCAGAGACCAUGGGCAUCUCCCGUGCCCUCCCCUCAGGCCCGCGUCCUCUUUGAGACGGUCUCCCCAGCGUCCUCUUCCUCCCCCUGUGUGAGCUCUCUGAGCCCUUAUCCCCUUCACACACCGGUCCUCACCAACCGCCUGGUCCAGUUGGUAUCGGCCUCCAAUAAGCUUCCUAAGAAGAGGCCUCGCUCUGAGCCUCACCAGCUCAGGACCCGGCGCUUCCCCGGCCCCGCUGGAUUCCUGCCACAGCAGCCGCAGGGUCAGAGCCUGGACGACAUCGUGGUUUCUGUUCCACAGACUCCUGCUCACGGUGCUGUGGCCCGGUCGCCAAGCCAGGGCUCCAGCUCGCAGACUGAAGAAGACGAGUUCAGCGGCGGUGCCUGGGCAGCGAUGAAGGCAGAGAUGGGAUUGGAUGAGAGGAACCCCUCAUGCUUCCUGCACUCCUACAGUGUGGUCAUGGUGCUCCGAAAGGCUGCACUGAAACAGCUGGCGAGAAACAAAGUGCCCAACAUGGCCGUGCUCCUGAAGAGCAUCAUCCACACACACGCCGAUGCCAAGGUUGUGUUUAAAGACCCAACAGGGGAGAUUCAGGGAACAGUGCAUCGGCGUCUCCUGGAGGACCGAGUGGAGGAGCUGAAGGUGGGAGCUGUACUCCUGCUCAAACAAGUGGGUGUGUUUUCCCCCUCCCAUCGUAACCAUUACCUGAACGUGACGCCCAACAAUCUGCUGAGGAUCUACGCCCCCGAUGGAAUCAGCCUGUCCUCCGCUCAGCUCCCCCCGCUCGUCCUGGAGCCGAUGUUGCGGCCACCUGCUCGGCCUCCCUCCGCCCUCCUCCGGGAGCCUGUGUCCCGGAUGCAGCUGAUGUUUGACGAGGAGGAUGACGAGGGACUAGACGGGGGGAAAUGCUCAGAGCGAGGCGAAGACUCUAAAGCCCCAGGAGACACUAGAGGCGGCUCCAGCAGAGGCCCCAGACAGCCUUCUGGGAACACAGCAGCACAGGACUCAGGCUGGGAUGCAGAUGAUGACCUGGACGAGCUCCUGGGAGAGUUACCCGAGGACACCUACAGCCUUUGACGUUACGUCAGCAAACUUUCUGUACAGACUGUCUCCGCUGACUGGAGUUAUUUUGACGACAGUAAACAUGUAAUCCUUUGUUUUCUCGACAUCACCUCUUUGAAAUCAUAAUUGUGUGACACUGAAGAACCUGUGUAUAUGUUGUAAAGACUUCUUUUUUUUCCCUCUUCAUUUCCUCAUCUGUGUUUGAUAUCCAGUUCAUAAAUCCCACAGAGGAGUUCAUUUGUUGUUACUGUGUCAUUUCUAUGCAUCACUGAAGCGUCACCUGAAGCCAACACAUGCUCAUUAAUUAAUUACAAAAGCUCCAAAAAUCAGCUCAGUUUGAUUCCUGCUUCAUGUCUUACAUUCUCAUAAAGAAUAUAAUCAGUCUGAUAUUGUCUGUGUUUGUAUUAGGGAUGCAACCCCCUCACUUGACUUUCAUUGUAAGCCAUUGUUGCACUUUACUUCAUUGACCUUGAAAUAAACAACUAAUCUACA